AUGGCGGCCUCGCUAUCACCGACAGCAAAUUUGCUGCGGAAGUCUCGCCUAUUCUCACUUCCGCAAGCUAUAACUUCAUUAGAAACUGCGGCCGCUCGAAGCCGCAACGAUUCCGACACCGCAACCCUCCCAUACCCUGUCCGAGCGUCCAUCGUUACCCCGGCUUCGUCAUUAUCAAGAGGGGAUUGGGGUCUCAAAAGACCUCUUCCUGAUAAGUCGACGUCGCAGAAGUCUUCACGGCCUGUUGUUCGGAUCAAUGCGCUGGAUACCUUUGAGCAUGUCACCGACUUCGAUUCGGCAGCGGACCACACGAUGACCCUGGAGAAAUUCCAGGAACUCAAUUUGCCAAUUUCUCUGCCUACGAGGUCUGGAUACUCGACAAGCAUUGUGCCGCGGCACCACAGUCCCUUUGAGGCAAACGUCGACAACACGGAGGCUACACCUGCUACAACUCCUGACACGAAGCAAUUCAGACACACCGGACCCUGGCUUGGGGGCCUGACGGAAGCAGAGUUCAGCGCCUAUUUAGACAAGAUUACGGAGGAAAAGCCCAGACUUAUGCGGAAACUUCGAAGAUGGUUCUACGCUAAGCGUAAGGCCGAACUGAGAAAUCAGGCUCAGGACAAGGGUGAAGAUUUGGAGAAUCUGCCACCGGUCACCAAGGAAGAGUUCGACAACUAUGUGAAAACACUGCGAACGGACCCGUAUUCGCUGGGGCCUGUGAUAUUUGAGUUGUUGGAUCUUCCUUCUGCCCCUGCGGUGCCGAACGACCGCAUUGGCUCUCAGUACUACGCCUCGCCCCCAACCAAGAUGCCUGCUGCCGAAUAUGCGACUUACGGACCCCCCAUGACGCAUCCCUCGGCAGGUUUGUCAUAUGCGCGAUCGCAUGCGUCAAUCUACAACCACCCGAAGUAUGGCCCUCAGGCCCAUCAGCGUCCAGUGGAGGCACGUGUCCUCCGACCUCGCGGUAGAGUCAGGGGUAAGGCUGGCAGGGCGGUUGCCGGUGUCGGUGGUAUUGCAUUUGAGGAUCUGAGCGCGAUGACUUUCGCGGAACAAGGUGCACCCCCGGGUCUGGCGUCCUUCGAUGCAACUAUCCCUGGUGGUGCCAAAUAUUACGUUCAACCUAUCCGGGCCUCUAUCAAGGCGGACGGACAGAUCGCCCUGGCGUCCUACCGCGCCAGUGCAUCUGCCAAAUUGGCACACGAUCUCGAAGAUUACAGGAAACCCUCUGGGACCCCCAGGUUUAACUCCCGUGCGCCCAGAAGCCAACGAGCAGUCCCGAGAUUAGACCAAGCUCGCACAACUCCAGUGCGGCGUGUCGAAACGGAAGAACCGGAAACUAGCAGGGAGGAUGUUGCAAGGAACCUCAUGAAGACUCUCACUUCUCGGUAA